AUGAUCUCCGACAACGAACUCUACCGUUUGGCCAUCGUCCUCGGGUCAGCCGCUGCGGCGUUGAUCAUUCUCCACGCCUUUUUCGACGUCAAUUCCGGCGAGAAGGAGAGCCAAGAACUCAAGGGCAAGACGACAACGCAGGCGACACCGGCUGUGGCCAAGGCAAAAUGA